AUGGGCGGCGCCCUGCUGGCCAUCGACACCGGCUUCAUGGGCCCCAACUACUCCAUCUCCACGGCCUGCGCCACUGCCAACUACGCAUACGUGUCGGCCGCCAACCACAUCCGCAACGGCGACGCGGACCUGAUGGUUGUGGGCGGCAGCGAGGCGCCCAUCAUCCCCGUGGGCCUGGGCGGCUUCGUGGCCUGCCGCGCGCUGUCCACCCGCAACGACGAGCCCCAAAAGGCCUCCAGGCCCUGGGACGUCGACCGCGACGGCUUCGUCAUGGGCGAGGGCGCGGGCGUCUUCGUUUUCGAGUCCCUCGAGCACGCCCAGGCGCGCGGCGCCACCAUCCUGGCCGAGUACCUGGGCGGGGCGGUCACAUGCGACGCGCACCACAUGACCGACCCGCGGGCGGACGGGCUGGGGGUGAGCACGUGCAUCGAGCUGGCGCUGAAGGACGCGGGGAUCGAGCGGGAGCAGGUCAACUACAUCAACGCACACGCCACGAGCACCCUGGUGGGUGACGUGGCGGAGGUCAAGGCCAUCAAGAAGGUCUUCACCGACACCUCAAACCUCAAGAUGAACGCCACCAAGUCGCUCAUCGGCCACUGCCUCGGCGCCGCCGCCGGCAUCGAGGCCGUCGCGGUCGUCAAGGCCAUCCAGACCGGCUGGCUGCACCCGACCCUGAACCAGCACAACCUCGUCGAUGAGGUGGCCGGCAUCGACACCGUGCCCAACGAGAAGAAGCAGCUCGCGGUCACGGCCGCCGUCUCCAACAGCUUCGGCUUCGGCGGCCACAACUCGGCCGUCGUGUUCGCGCCGUUCAAGGAGUGA